UAGACGCUGUGAAGCAGGAGGCACUUGGGAUCGUCCGCAAGGUUGGGACUGCUACAGAGGCCGCCACGGAGCCCGCCGGAGCCACCGUUCCUACUGCUGCUGCCGCCGCUGCCCGAAUCGGAACCAUCGGGCCGCAGCCGCCGGCAAUGCCGCGAAGGAAGAGGAAUGCAGGCAGUAGUUCAGAUGGAACCGAAGAUUCCGAUUUUUCUACAGAUCUUGAGCACACAGACAGUUCAGAGAGCGAUGGCACAUCCCGGCGGUCUGCUCGCAUCACCCGCUCCUCAGCCAGGCUGAGCCAGAGUUCCCAAGAUUCCAGCCCUGUUAGAAAUUUGCAGUCUUUUGGCACUGAGGAGCCUGCUUAUUCUACCCGAAGAGUGACCCGUAGUCAGCAGCAGCCCACCCCAGUGACUCCGAAAAAAUACCCACUUCGGCAGACUCGCUCAUCUGGCUCAGAAACUGAGCAAGUGGUUGACUUUUCAGAUAGAGAAACUAAAAAUACAGCUGAUCAUGACGAAUCUCCACCUCGAACUCCAACUGGAAAUGCACCUUCUUCUGAGUCUGACAUUGACAUCUCCAGCCCGAAUGUGUCUCAUGAUGAGAGCAUUGCCAAGGACAUGUCCCUGAAGGACUCGGGCAGUGAUCUUUCUCAUCGCCCCAAGCGCCGUCGCUUUCAUGAAAGCUACAAUUUCAAUAUGAAGUGUCCUACGCCAGGCUGUAACUCACUAGGACACCUUACAGGAAAACAUGAGAGACAUUUCUCCAUCUCAGGAUGCCCGCUCUAUCAUAACCUCUCAGCUGAUGAAUGCAAGGUGAGAGCACAGAGCCGGGAUAAGCAGAUAGAAGAAAGGAUGCUGUCCCACAGGCAAGAUGACAACAACAGGCAUGCAACCAGGCACCAGGCACCAACAGAGAGGCAGCUUCGUUAUAAGGAGAAGGUGGCAGAACUCAGGAAGAAAAGGAAUUCUGGGCUGAGCAAAGAACAGAAAGAGAAAUACAUGGAACACAGACAGACCUAUGGGAACACUCGGGAACCUCUCUUGGAAAACCUAACUAGCGAGUACGACUUGGAUCUGUUCCGAAGAGCACAAGCCCGAGCUUCAGAGGAUUUGGAGAAGUUAAGGCUGCAAGGCCAGAUCACAGAGGGGAGCAACAUGAUUAAAACAAUUGCUUUUGGUCGUUAUGAGCUUGAUACUUGGUACCAUUCUCCCUAUCCUGAAGAAUAUGCACGACUGGGUCGUCUCUACAUGUGUGAAUUCUGUUUAAAAUACAUGAAGAGCCAAACAAUUCUCCGCCGACACAUGGCCAAGUGUGUGUGGAAACACCCACCUGGUGAUGAGAUAUAUCGCAAAGGCUCAAUCUCUGUGUUUGAAGUAGAUGGCAAGAAAAACAAGAUCUACUGCCAAAACCUGUGCCUGUUGGCCAAGCUUUUUCUGGACCAUAAGACAUUAUAUUAUGAUGUGGAACCCUUCCUGUUCUAUGUUAUGACAGAAGCGGACAACACUGGCUGUCACCUGAUUGGAUAUUUUUCCAAGGAAAAGAAUUCAUUCCUCAACUACAAUGUAUCCUGUAUCCUCACCAUGCCUCAGUACAUGAGACAGGGCUAUGGCAAGAUGCUCAUUGAUUUCAGUUAUUUGCUUUCCAAAGUAGAAGAAAAAGUUGGCUCCCCAGAACGUCCACUCUCAGAUCUGGGGCUCAUAAGCUAUCGCAGUUACUGGAAAGAAGUGCUUCUCCGUUACCUGCAUAAUUUCCAAGGCAAAGAAAUUUCGAUCAAAGAAAUUAGCCAGGAGACAGCUGUGAAUCCUGUGGACAUUGUCAGUACUCUGCAAGCUCUUCAGAUGCUCAAGUAUUGGAAAGGAAAGCACCUAGUUUUAAAGAGACAGGACCUGAUUGAUGAGUGGAUAGCCAAAGAGGCCAAAAGAUCCAACACCAAUAAGACCAUGGAUCCAAGCUGUUUAAAAUGGACCCCUCCCAAGGGUACUUAAAGGGACCUGGUACUCUGAGCCAGCAAACCCCAGCAGUAGGAAUCUGUACCCUAGGGAUCUGUCUGUCAUUUCUGUUGCUCUUGUGAUUGGCAAGUACAGUAUCCUUUGGGAAGGCCAUCCCCUCAGGACUGUCCUGGCUCUGACCUUCAUGUACACUGCAGACGCUGGUUCUGAGGAACUGUUGUUUCGGCCUCAGUGAGGUUGCCUGAUGGGACCUAUAGUAGACUUGAGUGCAGGUCCCGCAUAGCACUGGCCCAGGUGUUCUGUUUGGUACUGUACCUGUCCAGUCACUGGUUCUCUCCUCAUGUUCUCUAGCCCCAUGAGGUUGUGUUGUGUCUCCUAGACUUUGUAAUAGUGCUUCUUUCUGCCAGGUCACCAGACCUCCAAAUACAGUUGCCACCACCAGGACCUUUGUAGUUGUUUCCUACAUGUGUUUUUGGAGGGGCAGGGAAGAGGUCACACUCUGAGUGUGUGUGUACUGGGAGGGGUCCAUUCCGUUUGGGUGUCAUCUCACUUCACAUUUUUUUCCUCCACUUCAUUGAAAGACCAGUUUUUGAUGAGUGUCAGGUUGACCAGAGCCAAAUACUUAUGAAAGUGCCCAGGCCCCGGGGAUUAGUCUUGGUAAUAGUACAUAAUCUGUCUGAAUGAGGUGGAGAGAAGAAUUACAAGGUGGUGAUUGUGCGUUUUGAUUUGGGUUCACCUGUGGGCAGUGGGCAGUGUCUUGGUGGAAGGAAAUGAAUUCUUUUUGUCUCACUAGAGAGUGCCCGAUAGUAACCGUUUUCUUCUCUCCCAACUCCCUGCCCCUUUUUACAUUUGCAGGUGCCAAAAUAAUUUCCAGUUCUCCCUUUCAUGCUGCAUGUUAACUGGUUAAUAAUACUGCAGAAACCUUUUCACCAGUACCAGUCUGAUAGAACCCACCUAUACCUCCACAUAAGUUGCAUUGAUUUUUGUCUGAACCUCCUCAGAGAAGUAGAAAAUGCUUGGAAAUGACUUCUGUAUCUCAGCCCAUGACUCAGCAAGGCAGAACGGCCACCCCUGCCAAGGUUUGCUUCUUGUAACAGUGCCUCCCCCUCCCUGCAGGACUAACAUGCUGCUACCCUUCCGACAACUCCUCCUCCAUUUCCUCUUUGGGAUUUGCCACCAUCCCCCUAUCUCUCGUCACCUAUUUUUGGUGGUGUUCAAGAGAAGGAAGAGAUGCUCCCUCUAAUUUCUCUCUGGCCCAUUCUAACCUGCUAUCUUGGGGCAGCUUUUGAUGUAUGACAUGUCACCCUUCCCAACGUGGUCUCCUACAGCACUGCUGUCUUCAUGUGGAGCCCUCACCACAAUCCCGACUCUGGGCAUUUGUGCCUUUCUCUUGUCAUCUCUGUACACUACUUAUAUUCACUGUGGGCUGGGGGGAGCUAAUUUUAAGCAUGUUCAGUGGCUGCUCCCUGCCAGUUUCAGUGUCACUGUUAAAAUUUAUCCAAAAGCAACUUCACUGGGGGUUUUCUUGAGGGGUGAAGGUCUUUUACAGAAGCCAGCCCUUCCCCACAUGUGAUAGAAGUGCUGUUCUAGAGCUACUCCUCAAUAAAGCAUGUUCUCUGCUCAAGUCUGUUUCACCUGGGGGCUCUCAUUUAUAUCUGGAAGUGGUGCAGCUGACUGCUACUCAUAGUAAAUGCACUUGGGAUUCAUUUUCCCCAGCAGUAAACUGACUGUUGAGGGAUGGAUGUAGUUUGUGACUGGAAUUUCUUCCCUUCUGUAAUGCAAACUAUCUAUAGAGAAGUGUUUACACUGAACUUGUCUAGUUGGGGGGAUAAAUUCUCUCUGCCUCACUUUGGUUCCAGUUAAUAGGGGAGCAUAGCAAUGACUAAUCAUGACUCUUUAUUCUUUCCUCAAGUUUAUUUUCCUCUGAUUCCAAGGGCAAAGGAACAGUAGGAAGUUAGGGUAGGUGUGGGUACAGGCUCUUUGUUGGAGUAGUGAGAAUAUUCCUUCUCAUCUGCAAGCUCAUGUGCCAGUGGUGAUCAGUGCCCGCUCUAACCAUUGACUCCUCAGGUUAAGAUGACUUCUAAAAGUAGCUGUAGUGAUUAUCCAGUACAGGAAAAGGGAGGCCAGGCACUUACCUCUGUGGUGGCAAGGAGGAGGGUGGAAAUUGUAUCUGCUGGGGUAGUUUUGGUCUGUGGUCAAUGGUAGUGAAAACCUGUGCCAGUGGACAAACUUAGGGUCCUCCAUUGCAAGGUUAGAGUCCUUGUGUCACUUUGGGGUGGAGGGUGGGAUGGAGAGAAGCUUAAGAUAAUAAGACCUUUACACUCAUCUUAGAAUGACAUGUGCCAAAAUCUCCCUGUUGUAGAUAUUUGCAUCAAAGUGAAAUUCUGUUCUCACAUUUUGAAAAAAAAGGAAGUAGGUAAUGUGGACCAUGAGAAUGGAAUGCCGAGAGGUCAAGGCAACAGAAGUUUUGUGCACAAUCUGGAUCCUAAGCCUCCACUGAUUGUACCCCAGUAAAAAUAAAACGAAGAUUUCUCUGGUUUAAAUCUCUUGCAAGUCUG